AGUAAGAGAGUGCCUAGCUUUCUGUCACACUUUCUAGCUGGACUUGUAAAUACAGGGGCCAACUUCAUGCAGUGAAUUGUUUUCCAUAUUUUGUUAAUUUGGAUGGUGGUAUUGUUCAGUUAGGCACUGGGCAUGCUAACCAGUAUAGCUAAGUAGGCUUAACAAAGCUUUCCUUCACGUCCAGGGAACAGUUCCUUCAUACAUGGCGGGUGUUUUGGAUACGUUUAUGGAGUUCCACCCCAUCCAUGGCACAAACGUACAAUUGGAUCCCACUGGGACGAGGGCGACUCGUGUUGAAAGUUUUGCUAAUGGGCUGUGCUUCAGCAAAAAUCCCUUGAAUCCAGGAGAAAUAUUCCUGGUGGAGAUUGAGGACAAGGAACUGGGCUGGUGCGGCCAUCUCCGGAUUGGACUUACAGCACAUGACCCCCGGACCCUGGAGAAGGUACCAGAGUACUCUCUUCCUGAUCUGACAGACCUGGGGAGCAGCUGGGUGUUUGCCAUCACUAGGAAUCACAAUAGGGUUGUUGAGGAGCAGCCGCCGGCAGCGCCUGCAGGUGACGACCUAGCAGGUGACAACCUAGCGGGGGGCGACCUAGCGGGGGGCGACCUAGCAGGGGGCCACAGGCUGGGGAGGGGCGAGCCUGAGCAGGAAGAAGAACCCAGCAGGCCCAAGGUGUUCUUCACCAGCCCCCACCUGUGCAUCGAGAAGAUGUACAUCCCCAUGGACAAACUGGUGGGCCGCAGCCGCCCGGGCAGGUACAGCCACAUCCUGGACGACCUGUACAAGCUGAAUGCCCUACCUCCCACCGCCCGCCGCAGCCGCAUCGGUGUGGUCUACGUCCCCAGGCCGGAGCCAGGUUUCGCUGACAUGCACAUAGUCAUCAACGGCGAGGACAUGGGUGCCUCGGCCAAGAAGAUACCCACGGGUCUGCCUCUUUAUGCGGUUGUGGAUGUGUUUGCUGCUACCAAGUGUGUCCGCAUUGUACAGGUGGAAUAUGGCUUUGCAUCACUGCAAACACUCUGUCGGCAGGCCAUUCAGAAAAAUAUCGUUCACAGAAUGGCGUUGGACUGGCUGGAGCUUCCUGAGAUGCUCAAGAAUUUCUGCAAGUAUGAGUGAUGGACAAUCCUGCGGCAUCAUGAAGUUGUUUUUGUAUGAAUAAGAUUUCAAAGGACUUUAAACUGUAUUCACAUGUAUUGCACAUUAUGAGAUAUUGUACACUGCGUAAAGACUUAUUCCAAAUUAUUUUCCAUGACAAAGCUUUGGCAUUGCCUUUGAGAUUGUCUCAUUUGAUCUCCACAGUUGAAUGUUUAUCAAUUUCAAUGGGAUGCUUUCUAAAUGUGCCUUGACCAUAUUUACAUUUUCAUCAGUUCAAAUAAUCUGAUAGAUCACAACACAUCUUAUUUCAAUUAUCAUUCUAGUGCAGAGUAAAAAAGGAUGAGGUACACACUGAAAGAAUAUUGUGUUUGU